AAGCCAAACUAAUCUGUUCCCUUUGAUUAUCCCUUUUGUUACUAUUACAAUUUAAAUCUCAACAGCGGAUUAACAAUCAACUUGUAACCAACUGAAAGACAAUUGAAAAAACAAUCAGAACAAUUAAAAAAAGAUAUUAACUGAAUUUCAUCAAAUCAACAUUGAACUUUUUUCUUCUUUAACAACUUUAUUCAAUUUUUCGUCGAGCUGAAGUUUGUUUUUACUUCUGUUGUGACAAUUACUCAUCUAAUCAAUUGUAAUUAACUUUUAAUUGUGCAACUGAUUAGCCGAAAUUUUGAUCAAUUUGUAAAUUGUUUUUUUUUCUAUCUGUGAUUGUUUACAAUUCGCAAUUCAAACUGAUUAACUGAAUUAUUGUGAUUAGUGAUUUGUUUUCUGUCGUAAUUGUUUUCCUCCGAUCAAUUAUAUUAGACAAUAUUCAGCAAUGUCCACUGACGGUCAUUCACCAAAUUCAAUUUCUAGCAAAGGUGAAUUGGGUAAAACAGUGAAGGAAAAACUGGACAAUUUGCUCAAGAAAACUCCGGGACUCGAGGUUCCCCCGGAGGCAGGAUUUUUCCGCCGUCGCCGUCGUCGGUCACUCCAUCUUGCCGAAUGUCCAUCAUACGAAGAUUCAUCAGCAGAAAAAGAAGGUCUUCAUCGUACUGGAUCAUUUAAUGAGAAAUCAAAGAAACUUUCACUUCCCUUACCAACCUCAAGUUAUUACCUUGAAUCUGAAACAUCAAGUAGUUCAUGUACCAGUAGGAGUUCCGGUGUGGAAUCCCUUUCCGGUGAGAUAACUCCCUCCGAGUUUAGUGAUAUAACAAUCACACCAGGAGAUGAACAUCCAGUUCGAGCUGAUCGUAAGAAACGUCGCUGGUCAAGAGCCGCUCGGACUCACAGUUUCACUCGAAUCUUCAGUUACGUUUUUGAAAAAUGUCGCACUUGUGAUACUUACAUUUAUCUAGGAGGUUACAAAUGUGAAAAGUGCCUUCUUUUUUCUCAUAAUAAAUGCCUUCGAUCGAUGAUAAUCCUUUGUGCUCGUAAUCCAAUUCCAAAACGGGUAAGCCCCAUUUUCGGGGUUCAUUUAACCACCUCAACGGAUCCAGUACCAUUCAUAGUUGUCAAAUGUUGCCACGAGAUCGAAAGACGUGGCUACAGUAUUAAAGGUAUCUAUCGGGUUAACGGUGUUGUCUCUCGAGUCCAAAAGUUUGUCCGAAGUCUCGAGAAUAGUCCUUACCUGAUUGACUUCAGUGAUACAAAUCCAAACGAUAUUGGUCAUGUUCUUAAGGAAUAUUUUCGAAUGCUUCCCGAACCAAUAUUCACCAGUGACUUAUAUUCACAGUUCAUGAAUGUGGCCAAGAAACAUCGAGCUACCGAAGAGAGUACAGAAAAACGAGCAGAGAUAAUUAAUGAUCUUAAAGAGAUCGUUAAAAAAUUGCCCAAAAAUCACAAGGAAACUUUGGCCUAUUUAAUGCACCAUUUAAAAUUCAUUGCCAACAAUCAAGAACUCAAUCAAAUGUCAACCAAAAAUCUUGGUCUUGUUUUUGCACCAACACUUUUCCGAAUGAAAGAUAUUGAUGGAAAUGUUUUCUCAAUGUUAUUUGACAAUUCCCUUCAAACUCUGGUAAUUGAAUAUCUCAUCGAUAAUUGUUUCGAUAUAUUUGGUCCACCAACACCGAUACCACUUUAUAGAGAUGAAGUUCACGUAAAUAACGAAAAUAACCUGUUCUAAAUCAUAUAAUCAACUAAUUGGUAGAAGAGGCAAAAAACAAAACGGAAUCAAAAUAAUUCCAGAAACAAUCGAGAAAAAAACAAUCAAUCAUAAAGAAUAAGAAAAAAAAAAGUUCAAUCAAUUCUGAUCUCAUUUAUAUAAAAAUUGAAACAAAAAUGUUAAUCCAAAUCUCAUGGUCUCUUUGUAAUAAUAACAACAAAUAACAAACUUUUUUGAAAAAUAAUAAAGAACGAAAAAAAUCUCAA